GCAAAAAAGCGGGCACCGAGAUUCUAUUUGCCCAGGAUUGCAGGCGCUGAAUGGUAGAACCAGAUCUCAUCACAUUCCGUGUUCCAAGUCACUCAGCUGUAACCCCCCAACAUUGCAGGUAGCCAUUGGAGGUUCCAAGUGUAUCUUGCUCCCACUUCGGUGCCAGUGAGCCAUCUAGCAUUAUCAAAGACGGAGCCCGGAGCCCAGUCCUCUCCCUUUUCCAUUUCUAACCCCUCCCAAUUUCAUGACCAAAGAGAUGUCUUCCCCUGCCCCUUCUUGACUGCACUGAGUUACCAGAACGCACCCCAUCGACCUUAAACACCGAGGGCAGGGUCAUUCCACGUUCACUAAAGGCCUGUGUGUAGGACCCAGCACUAGGAGUACACGCAUGUAUUUGAGAGCCUGACAUCCUGGGUCUGAAGACCCCCUGCUUCCAGUGGACCCACGUUCCUGCCAGUCCCAAUUUGCCUGGGAGAGGCAGGGCAAGCUAUCAGGGUCGGCCUGAAGGAGUGAAGGGACCAGGCUGGGGGGAGGGAGAUUCUGAGGACUGAAACCACUUCCUGUGUAACUAGUUCCUGUGUUGACAGAAAGAACUGAAGGGGGUGGAGGGAGCAGAGCCACGGUUUGGGGGGGCCACCGAGGCUUUGGAGACGAGAAGGCCAGGAGUCCGCUUCCACCAAGAGCCCCCUUCACUCCUGCAGCUGGGAAAGUUUUUCCCAGCCUCUGUGCUCCCCUGGGGAGAGGUCAAAGGAGCCGUUUGGGUGGGAAAAGAGAAUGGAGGAAGUUGACAGGGAUGGGCGGGGCCCGUGGGGGGGCUGACCAGGAACCCAGCUUCCUGCUCAGUACCCAGGCGUCCAGCCCCCAGCUCACCCCCACCCCUUCCAGCCCCCACUCCCCUCAGGAACCCAAGGUUCCUGCCCUCUGCCGAAUCCCAGCCACCCCUCCCCCAAAGGUUUCUCCCCUCCAGGGCAUGGAGGCGGAGAGACCCCAGGAAGAACAGGAUGGUGAGCAGGACUCCGCUCAGGAUGAACAGAGCUGGCCCCCUCUGAACUCCACCCCUCGGCCUUGGCGAUCUGCUCCUCCGUCCCCUCCUCCUCCAGGGACCCGCCACACAGCCCUGGGGCCGCGCUCGGCCUCCCUGCUCUCCCUGCAGACCGAGCACCUUCUGGACCUGGUGGCCGAGGCCCAGUCCCGCCGCCUAGAGGAGCAGAGAGCCACCUUCCGGGCUCCCCAGAACCCCCCGGCGCUAGCGCCCCCCCCAUCCCGGCCUCUGGAAGACAGAGAACAGCUCUAUAGCACCAUCCUCAGUCACCAGUGCCAGCGGAUGGAGGCCCAGCGGUCAGAGCCUCCCCUCCCUCCUGGGGGACAGGAGCUCCUGGAGUUGCUGCUCAGAGUUCAGGGUGGUGGCCGCAUGGAGGAGCAACGUUCCCGGCCCCCCACACACACCUGCUGAGGCUUGAGCCUCUCACCGGCCUGCGCUCACUCCUGGGGCUCAUAUCUGGGCGAUGCACUGCCUGCCCUCCACCCUGCUUGGCACAGGUGCCAGAGACUGGAAGCCCCAGCAGAAACCUCAAUAUGCAUCACCCUCCUCACCGUCCCUGGGAACCAGAGGGGGUGAAAGUCCUCAAAACUGGGGAACAGGCAAGGUAGGCUGGGCCUUCAGCAAGCUCUUGACAGAAGGAGGAGGCCAGCGGCCCAUCUCACAGAGCGGCUGGGAGUGGCUGCCCUGCCUUGUCCCCUGCCACCAGCCACCAGCCACAGUGCAGGCCUGAGGGCUCAGGCCUCCUCCUCCCAGGGAAAGGCAAAUCUCCCAAGAUUAUGACCUGAGAGCCAGCCCUACCCUCUGAGCUGGCAAGGAGAAAGGGAGGACGGGGGUAGCGGUGAAGACACUGAAACCUGUCCACCACCCCCAAGCCCAAGGCUGAGGCUUAGAGGCCGUGGGUGGCCCUUUAGCCCUGCCCCACCCCCUCCCCACCGCUGCUCUGAGUCUGUGUGAUGUUUUGGUUUUAUGAAUAAAUGUGAUUCCCCUCUGGA